AUCCAGAAAGAUGGAUGGAUGGUGGCCAGGAUGGAGCUGAAAGUGUGGGUUGAGGGUAUCCAGCGCAUAGUCUGUGGGGUCACAGACACCACCACCUGUCAGGAUGUGGUAUAUGCGCUGGCCCAUGCCACAGGGAAGACUGGACGCUUCACCCUUAUUGAACGCUGGCGUAACAAUGAACGCCUCCUGGCACCUAACGAGUAUCCACUCAAGAUCCUGAUGAAGUGGGGAGAAUACUCCAAUGAUGUACAGUUCAUCCUGCAGAGGUCAGCCCUUGACCCAAAAGCUCCAAAUGGCCAAGCUGGGCCCCGGCCAGGUGGCCCACAGAGAGUGGACCCUCCAAGUAGACCUGCAGCUCCUGUAGGCUCUCAUACUGGACCUGAAGGACAGAGACAGUCAUCCCACACUCACAAAGACCUCAAGAAGUCACUUACUUUUAGUGGAGGUCAUGCAGAGCUAAGACGUCAGGAAGUGGGGGUGCCCCCUCAACCAUUGCCUGGCCCUGCCGUAGUGCAUUCUGGGGUGCAUCAAGGAGGACCUCGCCAUAAUGACCCAGCAUAUUCCUCCCCUCCUGUCACGCAGUGGGAGGGCCAAGGUCGGGCAAGUGAAGGAAGCCGGGGAGACCAGCAAACUGGAGUACCUAGUUGGCGUCCACCAGCUCCUCCUCCUUAUGAGUUGGUGCGCGGUAACCCACCACCCCCACCUCCAGUGUCUAGGGUAGGGGUAGAUAAUGUUAGGGCCACAACUAGUCACUGGACCACUCCACGCCAAGGUCCCCAUUCUCCCCCUACAGCAGCACACCACUCCCCUCCCUCUGCUAUCCACCACUCUCCCACAAGGUCUCACCCCCCUGCCAGCGAGUCAGCAUAUACCACUUCCAGGAGAGACCAGAGAGCAGAGUCACAGUCCAUGGUCAGGACCGAACCAGUUUACAGUGAUGGUCGUCGAGGACAGUACCCUGGCUAUCCACUUCAGGGUGCUGGUGUUGGUAUUAACCCAGGGCCUCAGUAUGGGCCUCGUGGUCAUGCACCUCCUAGUCAAGUCCCCUCAAUGUAUAAUGGACCACCCCCUAAACCACCACAUCCUGCUGGACCAAGAGAGCUUCCACCUUAUCGCCAUCCCCCUCCUCCAAAUUCAUCCCCUAACAAAGUUGCACCAUCGCAUGGUUCUCCAAGGAAAAUAGGGAGUCCCCCUCAGCCUCCUCAGAUGUCACCCAACAAACAGCAACAGCCAGCAACUUCUCAUGUGCCACACUUAAUAAACAAAGCUUCAAGUCCACACCAAUCCACCCCCUCCCCUCACUCAUCCCCAGUACGUCACCCAUCUCCCACGCGUCACCCUUCGCCCUCACGGCAUCCAUCACCCACAAGGGCUGGCUAUCCUGGUAAUGUGCCUACCACAAGUGCAGCAAGUCCCAUCAAUCACAUAAAAGGUGGGAGGCCUGGAAGCCCCAUCAAGAGUGGUAAUCUCAGGCAUGUCAAUAGUGACGAUUCACCAAAUCGUGCCAAUAUGGAAAAGCCUGAAAAGUCAAGAGCAUCCAGUGAAGAACCACCAUUCAGGCAUGGGGAUAAUAGUACAAGGCUAAAUGAUGGCACCAGAGGGGAUAAUGUCAGAGAAACAGAUCCCCUAAAUAAUAACAUGAAAAUCACGUCGGAUCCAAAAAUUAGUCAGAGAAGAGGAAGCAUGGACAGACUAGGAGUUGAUAGUGGAAACAACACAGCAACUCGUCGAGGAGGAAGUGAGGAUCCAGCCACAAAUAAUGAAGGAAACCAGUCUAAUUUGAAUGAGAAAUUGAACACCUCUUUGGAUUCUGCUCUGAGCAACCACAACAGCAAGUCCCCACAUGCUCGCCGAAGCCCAGCAAAGGAGUCUGGGAUCCCAGGCAGUGAUGGAGGCCGAGCUAACCACAACAAUAAGGUGGAGCAAGUGGUUAUGGAUGGCAGGUACCGGGACUUGAUCCGACUCAUCAACUUGCAGCGAGAAAAGCUGAAUGUUCAGCAGGUGGAAAUGACAAAGUAUGAAGCAGAGAUUGUAUACUUAGAGGGACGCACAAGGGAAGACGAAUCUCGUCUGGCUUAUGUGACAUCAGAAAUAGAGAGGCAAGAGCAAUUGGCAAAGCAGAUUGAUGAGGAGGUGACUCAUCUACAACAACUAGAGCAAGAAGCAGAAGUUGCACGGCAGGAAGAAGACAAGGUGAAAGCAGAAAUUAGUGCUUUACAGGCACAGUUGGCACAUACUGAGAACCAGCUGGCUACCCAUGCUGAGUCCGUCAGGUCAGCUCAAGAACUUGAGAAGAGCAUGACAGAGGAGCGGCAGCGUUGCCAGGAGGAGGCUCGAGCACAGCAGGAUGCCAUGGUCCGGGAGAUAGAGAAACUUCAGACAGCCAUAUCCCAGGCAACGGUACAGGCCGAACAUGCUCAGCAGGCAUCACAACAACUUGCCCAAGAGAUGGCAGACUCUGAGAAAAUGAUAUCCGAAAAGAAAAAGGAAGUGGAAAAGCUGGUGAUGGAGAUGAAGGAUGCAAACCUCGAGUCCCUCUCCAUAACGCCAUCAGAGGAGAUCCGUACCCUGCUGGAGGGCAAGACAGGUGCACCAAAACAAGGAAGCAGUAGGAGGAUGAUUGGAUCCCCAAGGCAGCUGGAAAAUGCUGUUCCUACUUCAAAGAACCCUCAUGGAGUAUGGGUGUAAAGGGAACCAAACGUUCUGUUCAUCUCAGUACAUAUCACCCUGUAGUCUUUGCAGGUCUGUUACCACUAGAAUCUCUUCCAGAAUACUAACUUGAUUACUGAUUGGAAAUUGGUUCCAUCUUUUUAGAUCUGAAAAGAAUCAAGUUCACAGAUUUAAAUUUUAUUGAUGUUAAAGUGCUGAACCAUUGCGGUGUGAUUCUUUCGUUGUUGCAGGUGGUGCUUGUGUAAUAUACUUUAAUGGGUCCUCCUUUAUGUGUUCAGUGCUACUUACAUUGCUGCAAAGAGAAAGGAGUUGCUUGCUCAUUUCCUUUAUCAACUGUCUUUAUGUGAAACAACAAAGGAACCCAUAUUGUGUGUGGCUUUAUAGAAUAGAAAAUCAGUAUUUGUUAAGAGCACCCCUUUAUAGAAAAUGCAGAUAUAUAAGGGAAUAAGAAACCAAUUGGAUUUACAAUGUAUGCGCAUGUUGGUAACCCUAAUACUGUCUUUGUGAACAAGUAGCAAUCACGUUCAGCACACACUGUAGUCCAUGCAUUAACCUCCACAAGAACACCUAUUUCAAUGAUCAGUGUGAACAAAAAUGGGACUCCCCUCAUUCUUCACAUUUUUCUAUUAGUGAGAAAUACAUGGAAAAUGAAUGAAAAAGCCAUCAAAAUCUGACUUUAAAAGCCAUAGAAAGUAUUGAAUGUGAGUAUUGGUGCGCUGUCCAUGGAAGAUGAUGUCAGCUGCUGAAGAUGGAAUCUCAUGAUACAGCUGACAAAACCCAGGCUCUAGUCAUUUUCUCAUCGCACUGCUGGAUCUUAACAGUUACAAAGCUCGCAUCAGGUUGGCAUUGGCCCAGCACAGCAUCUACUUGGAUAAAACAGAUGGUCCAGAGUAGCUAGUAGUAGACACAAGUGUUUUCCUUUUCUUAUUGUGUGCCUUGAGUAAGUAUCCACCAAUGAAAAAGCUAUUUUUGUAUGAGCUAGCAAAUAACAUUAGGAACAGUGCUGUUGGUUGGUGACAAUAAUUGUUACAAGUUGGCACAUGGAUGUGAAAUUAUCAGAUCACUGCAGCUGCUGCUGCGAGCCUUCUGGCUGUUUUGAUCCUUGUUAAGAGCUUCUUGUUAGUUGUAGUAGACAGGUUCUUCAUAGGUUAGUCAUGCAUAGCAGCACUUUACCAUGUGGCAGUGUUGUGUGAUAGUUUUUUUUUAGAUUUGACAAUAUUUGUAUAACUUCAUAAUGCAUUAUUUGAGGAUAGUAUUCUUUAUUAAUACCUACAAAAACAAGACUUGACUUCUGUGUGAAUCAUAAAAUUCACUAGAGGAUAUAAAUCUUCUUUUCCCUUGAGGAGUAGAUUAGUGAUUAACAGAGAUGAUAAAAUUGUUGUCUUUGUGUGAAAUUACCAUUUUAAGUCUUGUGCUGUUUUUGCAUGAUUUUUUUUUUUUUAUUUUUAAUUUUUUUUUUAUUAUUAAAAAAAAAUAUUAUUACUAUUAUUGUUAUUAUUAUUUUUUUUUUUUAUAGAAAGAGCUCAAAAGGUUAUUUUUUCUUAAAAAGUGUACAGAAAUUUUAUGAAAAGAUCAAGAAUUAAAAAACACAUAGUUUAUUACCAGGUAGUGUAAAAUAUUGAGAUACUUGUACUAAAAGUGUUUAUUUUUCUCAAACGUGAAACACUAAUUGGAGCCGUGUCUUGCCUCUCCAUUUCUUAGUGUGAGACAGGGAAAGUUGCCUGCCCAAGUAAUCACGUGCUCUUGACACCUGUCCACACAAACCUGAUGGUCGCUAUGUAGGGCUUUAGACCCUCUCUCAUUCUUCAAGUGUGAGACUGUUGUAAGAUAGCAGCAUUAUUAGUUGUUAGUAAUAUGUGUCCUUUUGUAUUUUCAUUAAGUAUUGAAAGGGUUCAUGAUUGAAGCUGUUGGUUGUUUGAAAAAUAAUUUUUUUCUUCUUCUUUCUUUUUUCUUUAAGAAAUAAUAGAAAAAAGAGAAUAACUUAUAACUUGUCUUUUCAUUUCUUUUUCUGUUUUGUGACUUGGAAAGAUAAAAGGGUAAUUCUGCAGCAAAUGUGUCUUUAUUGAGUGGAUCUGCCCUUACACACUCUAUUCCCUUUAAAGGGAAAGAAACAUCUGGAAUGACAUAUUUGGUAUCAGUGUAUAAGAUAAAAUCAUCAUGUGGUGCGGCAUCAAGUAUCCACAAGUGUUUCUCUUGAUAUCCAGCACAUCUAGAAAAAGAACUGCCAAAAUCGACAGUUAUUUUCAAACUCUUCUGUCUGUUGGCAUUGCAUAUUUGUGGAAAAUUGAAUUACUAGAAAUGUUGAAGAUCAUAUUAUUUUAACCCAUACUGAGUUGGUGGUGCUUGAUUUUUAUUUUAUGAUUUUUAAAGCACUUUGGCAGCUGUUCUUCUAGGUGUCAUUUAUUUUUAAAAAUUAUUUCAGCAUGGUACAGAUCGUUCAAUAUUUGUUUCUGUCUUAGGCUACAUUAUUGUAUUUAAUGUGGUUAUUUUGCUAGCCAUGUCAAAGAAAGUGAAUUAGAAUCCUUAUCAAUGCAUUUAUUAUAUAAUUUAGCCAAAUAUUAUAAGUAGUACAGCUUUGUGUGGUCUGUGGACAAAGGUCUUGUGGUUUGUGGAAAUAAGUUUCAGUUAACCAUUCUCAAAGUUGAUAAUAGUAUUGAUAAUACUGUUACCAAAAUAAAUUUCCUUUUAAUCUUCAUUUAAGUGAUGAGGAAGUCUUUAGAGCUUUACCAGGUAGGUAAAGUUGGUGUUUGAAGUUAUUUAAUAAUAUUUUAGUUCAAAAUAUGCAAUUAUUGUUAUAUGAAUUUUUUACAUCAUAAUCAUCCAGUUUUGAAUCCUCAAGUGAACAGGGUUAUGAUGUUAUUAAUUCACUGGUGCUUGAUCCUUUGGAUAGAUUACCACUGAAAUACUUACACUAAAGUAUAUGGAACCAAGUUCUUGAGAUCUUGAAAUUCCAUUCAGAAUAGUGUACAUGGUAUAACCAUUCCUUAGGUGAAACCCUUACCACAGUCCAUUUGUAUGCACUAGGUGUUUUUAAGUCUUAGCUUCUGUGUUUAUAUACAUACAUAUCAGUUUUUAAUGUGCUUUUUAAAUAAUUUUUGUUUGACAGCUAUUGUGUUUUGAGUCAAGUCAUAUCGUGUCCAUUAUGUAAUUUUGUCACUUGAUGUACUUUUCUCUUCCUGUGUCUUUGAAGGAUAUAAGAACACAUCCUUUCAUAUUCUCAAGGCAUAUAAGAGGAAAAAUUACGAUGAUGACAGAUUAACUUUGGGCAGAGACAAUAGGCCAUAGUGUGACAUACCUGCCAAGUAUUAACUAACUGUUUGUAGAAGUGAUUAUUGUUUGCUAAGAACCAGACCAGUUUUUAUGAUGAUAAAGAUUACAAGCUCAUUUUGUAAUAUAUUAUGUAAGUACAUGCACUUGUGCCAUGAAUUUGAAGAUGUUUGUUAAGAAUGAUAAAUGUUACUUGGAAGUGGGUCUUUCAGGUUGUCCGUGAGAUGAGAUUUUUUAGUCUGGAUUUUGAUUAGAUCAGGAUUGGCUGAUGUGAUUUUUACAGCACAGAAAAUUUAGUGUUUUGAGAACAUUUUAAAGAAUUUGUUUAACUGGAAAAAUACCAAAAACACCAAAUACUUUUAUUACUUGUUUAGCAUAUUUCCUCUGACAUUUUGUGACUUCAGUAAAUAUCUCUUGAUAGUUACAUCUUGCAUACACUCAUACACAUGUAUACACAAGCUAUGUAUGUUAUCACCCCUGUCUUUUCUUUUGUGCUCUCCUUUAUGGGUGUGUGAUCUUUUAAUUUUCUAAUAUUCUGUAGCAGACAUAUCAAUAUUUGGCAAAUCAAAACCAAGGAUAUAGAAGAAAACAGAGAUGCUAUGAAAAGGCAAUAAUGUACUUAAUGCCGGGUUCAACUUUGUUGUUGGUUAACAUGGUUUGAAUCUUAGCCCAUGUCUAAAGUCAUCUUUCUGUGAAGAAAUUAUAUGUGAAGUAUACCUGGAAUGUAUGCCACAGAAGACUGUUGUCUGUCCUUAGAUGGUGCUAUCUUAAACCCCUUUUUUCUUCUGGUAGUUUCUCUUUAUCCAAAUGAAAACCAACAUUUGCCUAUGUAGUACUGAGUUUUGUUUCUUCUUCUUUUUCUCUAUAUAUAUAUACUUUGUAUUUGUAAUUUUGAAAUUCAUAUCAGUGGCACACUUCAUGUUGAUGUCUUUUUAUCACUUAUACCCAAAACUUAAAAUAAAGUAUAAUCUUCACACUGAGUAAGCUUUACAUAUCACUGCAAGGUAUUUUAUGUCAUUAAAGUGCCUCUCCUUGACCAAGUGGUAAGACCUGUUUAUAAGAUGCAUUAUAGUAGUAUAAUGUAAGGAGACUUUUGAAUGUUUUUUGUGUAUUUGUGAUGGGAAGUCUUAAAGAACAUUUUAUGCAGAACCUAGACUAAUUUGGCAUUAUCUUGAAAUAGGUUAGCUGUGUCUGAGAAAGGAUGUGAAUAUUUUUUUUUCCAUAUUGCUUGAAUAUAUUUGAGAAAUGGCUUAUUGAUUACUCAGCAUGGAAAAAUAUGAUUAAAGAAAUUUUAAAAUUGUAUAAUGUAUUUUUAGAUAAAAGGUGUAAUUAUGUAUUUACUUUUUGUACAGGGAACAUGAUAAAUUUUCUCUACUGUGUAUGUAGCCAUUAAAAAGUAAGAUUUAUUCACAGUUCUUUUAAAGAUGGAAAUGCUCAAAAAUUGUUUUUAAAACCAGUGCUAGAACAAAUAAUGUUGAAGUUAGUAGGUUGUGUUAGGGAUGGAUAGAGUAUUUGUAUGGCAUAAAUGACUUCCGUUGCUGUUCCUGUUAGUAGGUUUUAUUACUAAAAUGUCUGGCUCGAUGAUACUGGUUCUGAAUGGCAUGAUGGCAGGCUAGCCAAAUGUACAGUUGUACAGUAAAUGUAAUGUGUUAAACUUAUUAGCAAUACUCAGUUUACCAUGUACAGAAAUUACUUAUUGUGUUCACAAGUUGGCAGCAAGUAUGCUUUUAGUAAAGUGUUUAUGAAUUUGAAAA